AUGCAGUUCUCCAUCACCGCUGUCUUCGUCGGCCUUGCUGCCUUCGCCGCUGCCGCUCCCACUGAGGCCCAGGGUGGCAAGCCUCGCUUCCCCGUCCCUGGUGACUUGACUGUCAAGCAGGCCCAGUCCAAGUGUGGUGACCAGGCUCAGCUCUCUUGCUGCAACGUCGCCACCUACGCCGGUGACACCACCGAUGUCAACUCCGGCCUCCUCGGCGGUACCCUCUCCAACCUGAUCGGUGCUGGCUCUGGUGCCAAGGGUGCUGGUAUCUUCGACCAGUGCUCCAAGCUCGAUGUCCAGGUCCCCAUCAUUGGCAUUGCUGUCCAGGACCUCCUAAACCAGCGCUGCAAGCAGAACAUUGCCUGCUGCGCCAACUCUCCUUCCACCGCCAGCGAGGACCUCGUCGGCGCCGGCCUCCCCUGUGUUGCUCUCGGCUCCAUUCUCUAA